AAAAUCGGGACGCGGGUGUGUUCGGUACUAGUGCAUUAUUUGAAACAGGUAAUCAUGUCAGGAAGAGGCAAAACCGGUGGCAAAGCCAGGGCUAAGGCCAAGACCCGCUCGUCCCGCGCUGGGCUCCAGUUCCCCGUCGGCCGUGUUCACAGACUUCUCCGCAAAGGCAAUUAUGCUCAUCGCGUCGGUGCCGGUGCUCCCGUAUAUCUGGCUGCUGUGCUCGAGUAUCUGACCGCUGAGAUCCUGGAGUUGGCUGGAAACGCGGCCCGCGACAACAAGAAGACCCGCAUCAUCCCCCGCCAUCUGCAGCUGGCCGUCCGCAAUGACGAGGAGCUCAACAAACUCCUUGGUGGAGUGACCAUCGCUCAGGGCGGUGUGUUGCCAAACAUCCAGGCCGUCCUUCUGCCCAAGAAGACGGAGAAACCCGCUAAGAAGUAAAUUCUAUAAGAAUUGUAAACCAAAAGGCUCUUUUAAGAGCCACGCAUAUCUUUCUUAAGAGCUUUAUUUCCUGAACCAAACUGAUAUGCUAUAAUGAACUUAUUGGCACCCACAUAUCGGAACGGUGUCGGUUUAACUCGGCCUACUUGUUAUGUAGGCCUACAUAGACGUUCAUUGCUGACGCUAUGAACGUCAGCAAUAUUGACACGUUCUGAUCAAGUUUUUGAAUUGAUUUCAAGCGGUCAGAUUAGCUAAAGUUGUACCAUUGACUCGCACUUUCCCUCCAUUUUAUUCUCUUUGUAGGCUUAUUGUACUGUUUAUGUUCAAGAUUUAAACAAUUUGGUCUCGUAAGAUAUACGUUCUUGUCCUGUUUGCUCGGCACAGAAAAUUCUAUGUACUCAUCAACCUAGGCACUGCCCUCAUAUUCUAUUGUGCCCUCUUAAUAAUGCUGGGUAGAGACUGAAAUAAAGCAUGUAACCAGUGGCGACUGGUCAUUGGGUGCAUGUGGGGCUCGGCCCCACCUACUCUCUCAAGAAAAAAAGAAAUCAGAAAAUGAAAAUAAAUAUUUUUUAUAUAUUUAAAAAAGAAUCUCCCCAGAAAGUACUGUAAAAUAAUAAGUUCGGCGCUUUUAUUUCAUUUUUAGUCGACCCUGGCUUGCUUCUUCAGGCUGAGUUCAUCUGGAGGGGCAAGAGGGGCUCUAGCCCCUCCAGCCCAAUGUAAUGUGUAUUGGACUAGAGAAACUGAAAUGCGCAUGCUCAGCGUGUUUCUCUGUGGACGGAGAUUAUUUUUUAUUUUCCGGUAUGUGGGGCUAGCUCUUGGAAGCGGGGCCCUUGUUUUUCACAGUUCAUUGGCUGUAGGGUGAAGCACGUGAAGAGUCUUGACUCGCGUGACCUCCCACCUCACCUCACGUGCCGGGCGCAAGAAGUCCGGUAGCUAAGAAGAGAAUGAGAUGGAUAACUUUGCUAACAAACAUGCCGGAGGCACACAAACGAAAAUGAAUCGACAACAUGAAUGUGGUAGAUCAUCUAUUGGAGCAUAGAUUUGAGACCCUUAGUCUGGAGGAAAAAUUAGAGGUAAAACGCCUUAUGUCUUGUGCCAUUCAGUCUAUUUAUGUUUUUUCCAGUCUUAUGUUCCCACUGCUGGCCUGCGCCUUGUCGUGGUGGCGAGUAGGCUUUAAACCAAGACAGGCCAUUCUGAAUCUUUUCUUUCACAGCUAUUUUGAUUUCUUUGAUUUCUCCUCCAGGACACUGCUUAGGCCUAUGGGAAGUGUACUCCAUGGUAAAAUGAUAUUGGGUUCUUAUAGUAGCUCUUACAGCUGUUUGCAGUAGUAUACUUUUAUUCUGAGGUUUACGGAAGCUUAGUUUAAAGUUUAAAAACUUUUAAAAACUAUACUUUCAUUAUUGCAAUGUUUUGAUGUCAGCAAUAAAAGAUUAAAAGCUGCA